AACAUGCACACAUUUAUAAUGUUCCACAUUCCCAUGUCAUUGUUAGCCUGCCGCGACCCAGACAAGCUCAUUAGACUAACCAGAUAAUCUGCUUAUGUAGGACACAGUGAUGCUCAGAUGCAGCAGUGUUGUCUGUCAUGCCGACAGAUGGAGUGCGGGGGAGGGGGGGAGGUUACAUCCUCCAGGCUUCAUCGUCAUGGCUACGCUCGCUCCAGACACAUCCACCAGAAGAACAAGGUGAUGUUCCCCAGCUUCCUGCUGCUCUGAGGGACUCCCUACUCCCGCCCCUAUCUGCCGUUUGAAACAUCCACUUCCACCUCAGCGACCCCCAGCCUGCGUUGAGGUCCAAGCUUCCCUCGGUACCUCCUCUCUACCUGGGACUGUUGACUGCUGGUACAGCUCUACCCAGAGGGUGGUGGAGUGCCUGGGACUGUUGACUGCUGGUACAGCUCUACCCAGAGAGUGGUGGAGUGCUUGGAGCUCUGGUCCCCAGGGAGGCGUGUGUUAUGGAGAUGAGCCUGCUGUGAAAGGUCGAGUCUGGGGGUUUGUGAACAGGACUGCAUGAUGGACAACAACGGGACCCUGUAUCGGAACAACAUCAGCGUGUACCAGGUGUCGGAUGAGGGGGAGACCGCCAUUGGGGUCUACCUCAUCUUCCUAGGUUGGUUGUCGUGGAUCGGUAACGGAAUAGUGAUCCUGAUGAUGACCAAGCAGAGACACUACCUGGAGCCGUCCGACCUGCUGACCUACAACCUGGCCGUGUCCGAUGCCGGCAUAGCCAUGUUCGGCUACUCCCGAGGCAUCUUGGAGGUCUUCAACUUGCUCAACGACGACGGGCAGCUGAUCAGGACUCUCUGGACCUGCCAGGUGGACGGCUUUCUGAUCUUACUCUUUGGGCUGAUCAGCAUAAACACUCUGACUGCCAUCGGCAUCUUCCGCUACAUCAAAGGCUGCCAGCCACAGUAUGUUCAGCACAUAACUAAACCUAACGUCGCCAUGGUGAUCGGUUCAGUGUGGCUGUCUGCUCUGUUCUGGUCCGGAGCGCCUCUAGUGGGCUGGGGGAGUUACACAUCUCGUAAGUACGGGACGUGUGAGAUCGACUGGGUCCAGGCCCAGUACUCAGAGCCAUACAGACUCUACGUCCUCCUCAUCUUCAUAUUCAACUUCUUCAUCCCCGUCACCACCAUCGUCUUCUCCUACGUGUCAAUCAUCCGCACCGUAAACUCUGCCCACAAGUCCAGCAAAGGGGGUGAGAUCAGCGAGAGGCAGAGGCAGAUGGAGCGCAGCAUCACACGGGUGUCCCUCCUCCUAGCGGCUGCCUUCCUCCUGGCCUGGUCUCCCUACGCCGUCAUCUCCAUGUGGUCGGCCCUGGGCUACGAGGUUCCCCCCCUCACCAGCAUCCUGGCCAGUCUGUUCGCCAAGUCAGCCAGCUUCUAUAACCCCAUCAUCUACCUGGGCAUGAGCACCAAGUUCAGGGAGAAUCUGAUGGCCCUGGUCCACUGGCCCUGGUCCUGUCCAGCCUGCCUUGGAUGGUCAACCUUCUCCAAGACCCCCAAGCCCCUCCUGCCUCGCCCACUACGCCCAGACGAGGUGCAGGUGAACGUGGACGUGGCAGCCAUGAAGGGAGAGGAGGGUGACGGGGACACUAACCUGGACUCGGGGGUGGGGCUGGGGGGUCACAACGAGGGCAGCGAUGGAGGGUUGGGGGAGGCGAGGGUGGAGGACAGGGGGGAGGAAGCGCCCAUGUUGAGGAACCACAGCAGUUCUCUCGGACGUCCUGCUCGGGGGUUUCUGAGGAGGUUAAGCAACUCAGGCCGUCUGUGAGCCUGUUGGCUGGCGGAGGCCAAAGCGGUCCCUAUUUUGUCACUCAAGUAACUACUGUUCAGUCAGUGUGGAGCUGUAAGUCUGUAAACCCCAUUUGUGUCAUUAAUGAAACCACACACAGGGUCAGACACUGAAUCCAAAAGGAAUGUUGUUUUUGGGAUAUCAUAUGGUUCUACACCCUGUAGCCCUCUCUUGUGAGCCCUAGAGCCCUGGUUCUGGGCCAGUUUCUAAUGGUUCAGGUCAGGGUAUGGCUAAUCUGACCUGAGAUGUCUCCUAAAACAUAAAUGUCCUGCUGCCCAGGACUGGCCUCGGUGAAGAAGGAGGUUGCCUGCUUUGCUCCAUUUUCACUCUUACACAGUCUUUGUGUAAAAUCAGAAAUCACUUCCGGUUUGUAAUUUACAGUAUCAAAUGUGUUGUUUUUGAUAAUAAAUGUCAAUCUUGUUAUUGAUAGAAAGAGAAAGUCUGUCAGUUUCUGUGAUGUUUGCAAAGGUCGUCAGUUAUGGUCAGGUAAGUUCAUGCUGAAAGGCUAUUUUAUAAAUAUGACGGGGGAGGGGUGGGCCACUCCAACAUGUAGGACUGCUGGGUAAUGACUGUUGACUCCCGGUACUUUUCAGAGGAGCAGAGAGAAGCACUAAUGAGCCUUGGAAGAGGUGAGAACGGCCCCGCACUGACCUGCACUCGCUAAUCUGGGGGCCGGCCCUCCUCUGGCCCCUCUCUGGCCCUCCUCUGGCCCUCCAGGGCUGUCUGGGAAACACUGACAGGCAGUUAGCCAUUCACUUCCUCAGUCAUUCAGCCUGGAGGAGUACUAUGUUACCAUCCACAGUUUCCUUAUAUAAUUAUUUCUGGCAGGUAAACAAGAACUAUUUUAAAGUGCAAAGUAUUUUCUUUAAAAUCUGUUAAAUUGUUUUGUUCGUUUUCAAGUUUGCAUCUUCAUUUUGACAGUUGUGGCUGCCUUCUCUGGCAGAAGUGAUGUCCCUCCAGUAUACGUACAGAGAGCUGUUGUCCAAAGGGUGCAGGCAGGAAUGUCAGAUGUACUAAUGGAGGAGGACAGGCAGACAAUACACCCCAGGAGGUCCCUGGACCUGAACCUGCUACAGCAGUUACCCAGGCCAGCCUGCCUGCCAAACCUCCACACACACACACACAAAAGCAAGUCAUCAAAACACUAGCUUGUUAGGACACACCUUGCUGUAAACAGAAUGUCGAAGUGUAACUGAGUUUAUGAAACACUUUAAAGUUACCUUGGAGUUGAUGAACAUGAACAGUGAAGGACUUCAAAGUAGUAAAAUGAUUUGAGGUGUUAUGAUUUAGCAACAGGAAUAGCAGGUUAAGAUAGCAUGUGAAUAUAAUUGAUUCUGGAGAGCUCAGAUUAAGAACCUGACCUCUGAAGUGAGGACUCUGGGUAGAUUCCACUUUAGGACCUCUCUGUUCCCUCCGCGCAUCAGAGAUCAACUAGCUUGGCCUGACCUGAAACAACUGUGUCAUUUCCUUUUCACUCAACUCCUCCUCUUCCCACACACACUCGUGCAGUGACACACACACACUUACACACUCACACAUCUUAACAGCAACUUAGCUUGGAGGAAUGGAGAGCCAAGCCAAUUUCUCCUUGUGACCAUCACCUGUUUACUGGGAGAAAACCAAAAACCAUGAAACCAUGAACAAGCCUGCUGUCUGUUAGCAAGAGAGUUAAUCCAGAGAAAUAUGAUGAUCGAGUGUUUGUUGAUACUUGGAGGACACCACGAUUAUGGACACAAAAACAUGACUUGAAGAUUUAUGAAACACUAGAUCCUUCUCCACUGUUUUAGAGACAGGGAGGCCUGGGACCGAGAGGUAUACAAUGACUCCAUCUUGGAGUCCAUCUCGGUCACGAUCGUAAAAACCCCACCUCCCCCCUA